UCCCGCCCCGCACUUUGCCGGGGAACGGGAUUGGACGGAAAGCCUCAAGGUUCCCGCCCCGUGUCUGAGGCCAGAGGCUGUCCGGGCCUGCGCUGUAGUGGGACCGACCCUGUCUCUUAGCGCGCGUCUUGGGUCGCGACUCUAAUCCGGGCUACUGGCCUGGGAAAGGCUCGCCAGUCGAGAAAGAGUGGUCUUAAUUCUGCCAGGCUGCAGAUUCCUGCGUGAAGCUGGGGGAGCUUGGCGCCUGACCCAGGAUAUAGAAGGCGCUCUGGGUGGGCCGCGCUCCGCCACGAAGGUACCCAGCCCUCUGGGAUAGAUGCAGGAACAGUUGGCUGAGACCCAUUUUCACCCUACUUCUCUCCCCAGCUCUGGCUUACCACCCGCUCCUCCCCAUUUCCAAUGAGCCGCCUUUUGCAGCAUCAAACACACCAAUGCUUUGUAAAGGAAUCUAAUUGUCUACCCCGCGUCUUGGCAAAAGAACAGUAAUCACACAGAUUCCUGCUUGGGCUCUUUCAUCUUCUGAAGCUGUUUGCCCAACUCAGCCAUGUGAAUAUAUGCCUGCUUCCCCUUCACCUUCCGCCAUGAUUGUAAGUUUCCUGAGUCCUCCCAGGCCAUGCAAAACUGCCUCUCCCUUAUGAUGAAACAGUCGCAUGAUGUCAGUCUCAAGGAGGUUUGAAAAACUAUUCCAUUGUGCACGUUUUACAGUGAAGAAAAUGGACACUCCUAAGACUAAAUGAAUAACUUUUAAAAAACGCCUGGGUCUGGUACACACAUCUUCUAAAGUUGUCUAUGCCCUAAAGCCUGGACGAGGAGAUUGGCACGGGAAGCACUGGCUCCAUUGCUGCAAACUUGCUUAGUCAGCACCAUCACUGGCGGCAUGAGUGGACAAGUCAACAGCUGUAGAUGAGGAGGUGCCCGUGGCCGGGGCAGAGCGGACGGAUUCUUCGUGUGUGAGCGCCCACCCACCGCCGGCACCAGCGCUUCCUUGACCACUCAGGUUCGGCUAUGCGGGAGCCGUGAGGAGGAGGCUUGCGGCGGUGGACCUGAGAGCUCGGGACGUCAUGCUGGCUUGCUUUUAAGUGGCUUGGGGAAAGUGAAGAAACCCCAAAAUGGAGGACUUCGCUACCAGGACCUACGGCACCAGUGGCCUUGAUAACAGACCUCUGUUCGGGGAGACGUCCGCCAAGGAUCGAAUCAUCAAUUUAGUUGUUGGCAGUUUAACAUCCUUACUGAUUCUAGUAACGCUGAUCAGCGCUUUUGUUUUCCCUCAACUACCUCCGAAACCGUUGAAUAUAUUUUUUGCUGUCUGCAUCUCUUUGAGUAGCAUUACUGCCUGCAUACUUGUAAGUAUCUUCAACAAUUUAAACAAUGUUCUUGAGGGUUUAAUGUUGCGAUGCUUGGGACAGAAAUUUUCAGAGCUUUGGGUCUAUACAAAAGGGUCUCUAAUUGUAUCCCCAUUCUCCCCCUCAAAAUAUGUUAGAAUUCUCAAUGAGUUUCUCCUUUUCUCCUGAAUCCCAAAGUUGUAACCCCAAAGAGAAACUCUACUCUCAUGAUAACUAAA